AGUGAUGCCAUCUGAUUAUUGUUUUCAUACUAUUAUUUGAGGAGGAAAUUUUGCUGUAAAAACAGUAAAGGAAGAUUAUAUGUUAGAAGAUGACUUGGAGAGAAAAAAUGAUCUAUUUCAAGGAGAGAUUGUUGAAGACUCUAAAAUGGAGAUAUUUGAUCAGAAUCCUGAAUGAAUGGAAGUCCCCUUCUAAGUGAACACGUGAAGAUUGGACACCUAAGAAAUGUCUUGAUAACUGCAAGGAAAGAAAGGACGUCUUUCUCCACUCUUCCAGUCUCUCAUUAAAGAUACUGAAUAUUCUAAGAGAGAAUGUCUAAUUCUGGUUACCCUGCAUCUGUUGGCAUUUUAAAUAGCCACAUGGGGCCCACAGAUUUAACAGACAGAUGUCCAUCAGUUAAAACAACAGAUGAGUAAAACUCUUGAGCCAUUGACAUACUGAAGAUUAUAAUUACCGUGGCAUUGGAGUUCCUAGAGGGCCCGGCAGAAUGGCUCCCGCGAAGAAGGGUGGCGAGAAGAAGAAGGGCCGUUCUGCCAUCAACGAAGUAGUGACCAGAGAAUACAUCAUCAACAUUCACAAGCGCAUCCAUGGAGUGGGUUUCAAGAAGCGUGCCCCUCGGGCACUCAAAGAGAUCCGGAAAUUUGCCAUGAAGGAGAUGGGAACUCCAGAUGUGCGCAUUGACACCAGGCUCAACAAAGCUGUCUGGGCCAAAGGAAUAAGGAAUGUUCCAUACUGUAUCCGUGUGCGGUUGUCCAGAAAACGUAAGGAGGAUGAAGAUUCACGAAACAAGCUCUACACACUGGUUACCUAUGUACCUGUCACCACUUUCAAAAAUCUACAGACAGUUAAUGUGGAUGAGAACUAAUUGCUGAUUGUCAAAUAAAGGUAUAAAACUGCAAAAAA